GGACAGAAGCAGAGAAUACAGAUUGCUCGUGCUCUUUACCAAGAUGCUGAUGUUUACCUGUUUGAUGAUCCGUUCAGUGCUGUGGAUGCUCAUACCGGAUCCCAUCUCUUCAAUGAAUGUAUAAUGGGGCUAUUGAAUUCAAAAACAGUUUUAUAUGUUACACAUCAAGUGGAGUUUUUGCCUGCUGCGGAUUUGAUCUUGGUCAUGAAAGAUGGAAGGAUCAGUGAAGCUGGGAAAUACAAUGAUCUUCUCAAAUUAGGUAGUGACUUCAUGGAACUUGUGGGUGCUCACCAAGAAGCUUUAACAGCAAUUGACACAGUUAAGGGAGAAGCAUUGAGAAAGAGUGAGGAAAUGACUGGUGAUAAUACAAAUGUACAGAAGGAUAAAAAUAUUUCAGAUGGCCAAAAUGGUAAAGUGGAUGAUAUUGUUGGAACAAAGGGACAAAUUGUUCAGGAGGAGGAAAGAGAGAAAGGUAGUGUUGGUUUUUCAGUUUACUGGAAAUAUAUAACAACUGCAUAUGGAGGUGCUCUUGUGCCAUUUAUGCUGUUGGCACAAGUUGGUUUUCAGCUCCUUCAAAUUGGAAGCAAUUAUUGGAUGGCGUGGGCAACUCCCGUCUCAAAGAGUGAGCCACCUCCUGUUGGGAGUUCUACUCUCAUCAUUGUCUAUGUUGCUUUAGGAAUUGCAAGUGCUUUAUGCAUCCUUGCUAGAACCAUGCUUCUUGUUACCGCUGGAUAUAAGACAGCCUCUUUGCUUUUCCAUAAAAUGCAUCUUUGCAUUUUCCGUGCUCCAAUGUCCUUCUUCGAUGCCACACCGAGUGGGCGGAUUCUAAACAGAGCAUCGACAGAUCAAAGUGCAGUUGAUCUGAAUGUUCCCUUUCAAGUUGGAUCCUUUGCCUUCACAAUAAUACAGCUUUUAGGAAUUAUUGGAGUAAUGUCACAAGUUGCAUGGCAGGUCUUCAUUGUCUUUAUUCCGGUCAUUGCAGUUUGCAUCUGGUUGGAGCAAUAUUACAUACCAUCAGCACGAGAACUGGCACGGCUAAAUGGGACAUGCAAAGCUCCAGUAAUACAGCACUUUGCCGAGACAAUUUCAGGAUCAAGCACAAUUAGAAGUUUCGAUCAGGAAUCUAGAUUCCAGGACACAAGUAUGAAAUUGAUAGACAAUUAUUCUCGGCCUAAGUUUCACAUCGCUGCUGCAAUGGAGUGGCUUUGUAUGCGUUUGGAUAUGUUAUCUCUGAUCACUUUUGCUUUCUCUUUGAUUUUCUUGAUCUCUCUCCCUGUUGGAACAAUUGACCCAAGUAAGUUCUCUAUCUUCAUGUUUUCUUUCCUUGAAGUUUGUUGUGUCNUCCUUGACGAGGCUACAGCAUCUGUCGACACUGCAACUGAUAAUCUUAUUCAGCAAACUCUAAGGCUGCACUUCUCUGAUUCCACGGUUAUAACCAUUGCUCAUAGGAUUACAUCUGUGCUUGACAGUGAUAUGGUCCUACUAUUAGAUCACGGGCUCAUUGCUGAAUACGACACUCCAGCCAGGUUGUUAGAGAACGAAUCCUCAUUGUUUGCUAAGCUCGUGGCAGAGUAUAGUAUGAGGUCAAAUUCAAGUUUUGAGAAUGUUUCAGACAUGUGAGUCUCAAACUAAUCUUCGUUAAUAAUGUUACACGACGAUGAUGAUGAAAAUUAGGGGACUCUAGACGAGUACCUUAGUCGAUAGUGUUGAGUUUCCGUCUGGGGACAUCAUAGCUUGAACAAGAACCAGCGAAAUGCAGGUCAUGCCUGUGGCUUGAGGGAAACUGCAACAAUCCUAUGGCAGGGAAAGAAACCUAUAUCUAGUGGCAUUUGUUUUUGUUUAGACUUUUUGAUGAGAAAAUGUAUACGUAACUUUGUGUUUACAAUAAUUUGAAUGUAUGUUGAGUCAAGUGAUUAGUUAGUUAAGAGUGCACGGAUUUUGCUCCUUCUGGGUAAAAGAAGUAACCUUUUUGUUGAGAGUUGAAAGUGAAAUUACUAGUGUCGAAUUUUGCCGUAUAAGCUAAAUGAAACACUUUUACGAUAAACUCCUUGUGUAACAAAGGAAAAAUUCAUUGGGAAGACUAGCUGUUUAUGUUUCA